AGCAGUGACAGUGUGAGGCGCGCGGCGCACAGCGUGGACUUGGAGAUGUCUUGGCAGGAUUACGCACGACGACGCGAUCGAGACGAAAGCCCCUUUUAGCCGGACAGGACACUCUCAAGCUGAACGGGACACACGGUCAACUUCUGCUCUGGGAAACACUCCCUUCGCACCUUCUUCGAGACGUUUUUCUCAUCUUUUCUUGUCGGCGGGUGAGACUCGGAAUCUCCCCCCUUUUCCCGCAAAAGAAGCGGCAGCGGCGGGUCUGGAUGUCUUCUGCUACUCCUCUAACACUCGGGUCACGGCGACUGUAGAGGAAUGGAAACGAUGUAAACAGCUCUUGAGAGAAAACAAACUCUACAGAGCAACUGUUUUUUUUUGUUUUUGUUUUUUUUUCUGUGAGAUCACAGAAAGAGAGGAUGAUCCCGCCGGCCAACGUGAUUCAGGACGAAAGUGGGGGCAAAGAGGACGAACGGGACCAGAAUGAAAAACCAAAAUCCCCGACGACGAACGCCAGCCAGCAGGAAACCAAGAAUACUGUGAGGCCUGAACAUCACAAGCGCAAGCUGCAGAGACUCAAACGCUCCUUGUCCUUCAAGACCAAGAGCAUCCGCAGCAAGAGCGCUGACAACUUCUUUCGAACCAGCAGUGACAACAAGACGGAGCUGCUCUCUGAUGUGAGCAGCAGCACAGGCCAUCUCUGCAACAUCGGGAUGGCCCCACCGCACACCACCAACCUCCCAAUCCCUCCGGUCCCUCCGGCCAUCCCCUGCGCUCCUCCUCCCACAUCCCGCUCCCAGUCACGCAACCCGCUGCAGGUUGACUCUGCGGGACACUGCUUCAUGGAGCACAUCUUCAAGAAGCCCACGUUCUGUGACGUCUGCAACCACAUGAUCGUAGGUACCACAGCCAAACAUGUGGUGUUCUUGGCGGGAAACACAGCAAAGCACGGCCUGCGCUGCAAAGCCUGCAAGAUGAGUCUCCACCACAAAUGUGAGAAUGGAGUGGGACAGCAGCGCUGCAUGGGCAAACUGCCAAAAGGAUUUCGGCGAUACUACAGCUCCCCAUUACUGAUUCAGGAACAGUAUGGCUGUAUCAAAGAAGUUAUGCCGAUCGCCUGUGGCAAUAAGGUGGACCCCGUGUAUGAGGCCUUGAGGUUUGGGACGUCUCUGGCACAAAAGGCCAAGAGGGCCAGUGGCUCUGAGUCUCCACACCGAAACUCGACCAGUGACUUGGAUAAGGUUCCAGAGGAAGUGGUGGCGCACAGCAGUAGGCAAGAGCUUUCAAGAAAACCCAGUGAUGAUGUUUUCACAGUCAUUGAGAACGGGACGGCGCUUUACCACCAGCCAGAGAGAAAACCUGAUGAUCUGCCACACUAUUUCCCUCCAGGCACCGUGCAGGAACAGGACAAGUUAUCAUUUGGACGGAUUUCAGGCACCCAGCAGGCAGGAUUCAGACUCAAGUUGGAGCCGAGCCAGUUACAGAAAGACAUCCUCAAGCUCAACACUUAUGUGGCCUUGUACAGUUUCACUCCCCAGGAGAGCCAUGACCUGGAGAUGAGAGCGGGAGACAGGAUCUUAUUGGCUGAUGACUCUAAUGAUGACUGGUGGAAGGGGGUGAUUGAGGACAGGAUCGGUUUCUUCCCAGCAGCCUUUGCUCAUCAGGUGCGGGCCGGGGACCAAGUGUUCAGGUGUAACAGGACGUUCAUCGGCUGUAAGGAACAGGGCCAGAUCACCCUGAAAGAGGGGCAGAUCUGUGUGAGCAGUGAAGGCGAGUGCAGCGGCUUCAUCAGAGUGGCGAGUGGAAAGAAGAGAGGCUUUGUGCCCUCUGACGUCCUGGAAAUCAUCUGAGAGAAACACUCAGAGAAAUGAAGAGCGCGCGAGAGAGAGAGGGAAGGUGGGAUCAGCCGCCUGGAGGUCAGGGGAUACUGAACCUACAAAAUGGCUACGAGACACCAGUGAAGGAGUUUACCCUCAGAAGAAACUGGAGUUUGAACUUGAAAGCGACGCUGGUUUUGUCACCGAGGGCUCCACUUUGUUGCAGGCCAGAGUCUCUGUAUCUUCCUCACUCCCUCUCAGCACAAAGAGAGAGAAGCUGAGAUGAGAGUUUGUUGUUUGCGAGAAGACAGGAUAUCACUGUAUCACUGGAUUUGAUUUAAUUUAUAGAGCAAAUGUGUGUUUUUUUUCCCCUUAGUUUUAUUCUGCUACAAGCUGUUUAUUUUCUGAAAGCUGGCUGGCUGUUUAAACCUGAGAAAAGGAAACAAACGCUUACUACUAUUAUUGUUUUCAGGGUUUCAGUACAUACAUGGCUUUCCUUCUACAAAUAGUUUAGUUUCUCAUGCUUUUACAUUAUGUUCCAAGCAAAACGUCAGUGUUUAAUACACAGUAGACAACACUAGGCUCUGACAUGGAUAACAAAACCCCUGACAAAACUUGAUGCUAAAAACAUAUUAAGAGAGAAAGUAGGAACUUUUACUUUCUUUGAAGCCUUAAAUCCCCUAAAACAUGUUGAAAGAACUUCCUGUAUAACCUCUAGCGUACAAUUACAGCCCUAAAAAAGGUUUUCCAUGUGUUUCUCUUAUAACAGGUGAGAAACAGCAAAGCACAUUAAGUGCAUCAAACAGAUGUGGGGGAGUAUUUUCAGAGGAGUUUGACACAAUCAGAGACUUCACUAAUUCUCUCUGGUAUUUGAAAAAUAUCACCCCUCACACUCCCCGUCUUAAUGUCUCACCCAUUGCAAUCCAGGACUUUACUUUAUGAGAAUAGUAACAUACAUUUUUAUCAUCAUAUGAAACAGAAACGAAUAAAAUCAGUUUAAGUCACCACAAACCGUGUUAUUUACCAAAUUGGACAUUUAGCAUUUUCUCCAAGCUGCAGAAUCUACUAGAUUUAUCUUUUCAAGCUUGUCUUAAAGAGAUUCUUUUUUCAUUGAUUGAAUGAUUGAUUUAAUCUUCUCUGUUUUUGGUUUGUUUUCGUCAAAGAUUUCCAUCUUCAGCGCUAUAAAUCAGAAGAGAAUGAGAAGCUACAGCUUUGGUUUAAUCAGGACAGAGGCUGUUUUUUUUAAUGAUUUGAUGAUCAAAGCUCAUGUGAUCUGAUGGGAAUGACUUGUUAACACACGAUGGCACCUGUCAGAUAUUGAAACAUGUAAGAAAAUGAUACAUUCCUAGUUAGCGUGUUAACUUUAAAUGUGAUCACGCUCUCGUGGUGUGCAUUUCUGGCAAGGUGUUGCAUCAUAGUAUAUGUAGUGUAUUUGUUAAAGGUUGGCUCUGCACUGAAAUUUGGCUUUAUUGAAUGUUCAAGAAUGCUAUAUUGUACAUAAUGUACGUACAAGAUUAAA